AUGGAUUACUUGGUCGAUGACGAGAAGGACUGGAGUCCGACUCUUCAGUACGCAUCGGUAAUGGUGGAUGGAAACCGGCAAAUCGCCUCCACCAAGUCGAAAGGCGCUCACUACAAGAAUGAGUUUACUGUUGUAGCCAUUCUGCCACUUUCACCACUGAAAAUGCAAGGAGGUCGCAUCUUGGAAAAUCUCUUCCCAACUGCAGGAGGUGCGCUGAUCACGACGGAGGCGUGUGCCCCUGGACCACCGAUGGACGAACGACCGGAUGACGAUCAACCUGAAGAGGAUUCCGGCUUGAUCCCACAAAUUGAUCGACCAAUGAGUAUGCCGUACCUAUGCUGCAAAUUGUGGCGAUGGAAAAGAUCUCCAGUAACGAUCUGCAAUGCUCUACGCCCGACUCAGACAGCAGCUGCUGCCCGAGGUGUCAAAGUUUUUGUCGGCAUCGUCAACGUCUCUUGUGUCAAGAGAUAUGAAGCCGUUCGUGGCAGAGCACCUCAACAACGUCAUCAUCCAAGAGAAUGCUGA